UAUUACGAGUGGCUUUCCAUUGGUCCAGCCCUACAGGAGGAGUGAGAGGCGACAGAUAGGCGACCCGCCGACAGCAUUUCAGACACUAGUUCACUUUUGUCGGGACCACCGACCACCCAGCGACUGCGUGGGACCUUUUUAUUUACCCCAUGACACCUACAACUGUGCGCGAGCGGUACGACAAAUGCGUUUUAACGGCCGGGGAGCGGAAGUGAGAGAACGGGGAAGUUGUGAGGGGAUAUAGGCAAAAAAAUUACCCCCUAAAAAGUGUUUUUGUCAAGUUCAAGUCAAAUUUCGCCUUUCUAGAGGAAGGGUGGCCCUGGAGUGUUGGGGGCAUGGACACCCACGUUAAGGAGGGACAACUUUAUGUGCAGCAUCAAAAGUUUGGAAAGAAAUGGAAGAAGAACUGGUUCGUGCUCUACCCGGCCAGCCAAAACGGCAUCGCCCGCCUCGAGUUCUACGACUCACCCUCGGGCGGAGGGGGCGGGGCCGUCGGAGGCUUGGGAAGCGGGUCCAAUGAGAAAACCAGAAAACUUGACAAGAAGAUCAUCCGCUUGUCCGAGUGCAUCUCCAUCCUGCCGGCGGUGACGGAGAGCUGUCCCAAAGAAAACAUGGCGGCUUUCUGUGUGGAGACCAACGACAAGACGCACCUGUUUGCAGCAGAGAAGAACGCCGCCAAGGACUGGAUGGAUACCAUGUGUGACAUCGCCUUCCAGCAGGGCGGAGGCGGCAGCAGCACCAGUACUGCUGCAGACUCUAAUGGAGGAGCCCAGGACCUGCAGAUGUCUGAAAACCUCAUCUACUACUCCAGAGAGGAGGUGAACGAGUUCUGGGUGAGCGUUCAGCGCACCGAGGCGUCAGAGCGCUGCGGGCUGGCGGGCAGCUACUGGCUGAAAGCAGAAAACGACAUCUUAAUCUUGAAGGAGCCAAAGACCAAGAGGAAGGUUCUCGUGUGGCCCUACAAGCUGCUGAGGAGAUACGGGCGAGACCGGGUGAUGUUUUCGUUCGAGGCGGGCCGACGCUGCGACUCGGGCCCCGGUAACUUCACCUUUGAGACCAAGCAAGGCAACGAGAUCUUCACGCUGGUGGAUCAGUCCAUCCAGUCGCAGAAGGUUCUGGCUGAGGAGAGCCACUUCAGCUUGCCCGUCAACUUUGACCCGGACUGCCCCGCGUCACUGCAGCACAUACGCAACGCCACUCCAAGUGGCACGACGGCAGGGAGCUACGACAGCAGCAGCAGCUCCAGCAGCCGGGAGGCAGACGGAGAUUCAGGGGGCAGCAAACCGGGCUCCGCUGAUGGCGUACUCGGGAAAAGAGAGGGUGGAGAUGGAGGAGGAGGAGGAGGAGGAGGAGGAGGAGGAGGAGGAGGAGGAGGAAGGGGGCAAGGAACAGCAGGUGGACUCAAGGGGAGGAGUUUACCAGAACCACCAGCCAUGUUGGGGGUUUUGGGAGGUGGCGGGGCCCCUCCAAAGUCUCCCAGAGGGCAGGUGGCAGCUAAAGGUUUCUCCUUGGCUGAUGAACAUGCAGGUCUUUACUCUGAGCCAGCAGACUCAGUGCGCCUGCCUCUGCACGGCGCUGACUCCCUCUACUCCGACCCAGUGGACAGCAUCAAAGCUCAAAGCCAAACCAGCAACCCUAGCCCUCCAGUGCCCACCCCACGCCUCCGACCAGUAGGAGAUGAAGCUUCGGGAGGGGGCGUCCAAGGGGAUCAUCACCUUGGUGGCAGCAACCACAGGAAGCCACCGGACGUGUACUCACACGUGUACGACCAGAUCAGCCUGGAGCUGAGCCAAAAAACCAGUGGGCUAAGUCUGAAUGGGGCUGCGGGGGGAGUACGAGGGGCGAACAGUAAUAGGCGACCCCCGGGAGGCAAAGCAGAAGGAGCUUCAUCCCCUCCUGCUCUUCGUCUGGAGCACAUAUAUGAUGAACCCGAGGGUUGCGCCAAAGGAGGCGCCAGCAUGUCCACUAGUUCAGGGAUGAGUGUUUACGACGAGGCCCGCUUGGAGCCCCACAGCCAGAGGAGACAGGGAGAAGUGGUGGCUCCGUCAGGACCGGAGGGAAAUUACAGCGCCCCCUCCCACGGAAAGCAGUCGGAGUCCCACAGACACUCGCCUCCGCAGCUGGGCCUGAGCCGCGGAACGCCACAACUUCCAGCUCCGAGGUGGUCCAAACCGGCCACCGCCCCCAAGCCGGGCAGGGCUGCUUUUGCUCGGAAGGAGCCAGUGCCACUGCCCCCUGGGAAACAUGGAGGUCCUGGUAGUAAUGUCAAAAACAACAACAACAACAACAAUAUUUGGGGGGGAGGAGGAGGAGACGGGGGGAGGGAGCUGUACAGCAAAGUGUCUAAGCAGAAACCUCCAUCUGCUAACUCGUGCUACAACCAGAACCACCAGGCGCCCCUGAGGUCACCUGACAUCAUCUAUGACAACUUGGGAAAUGUUUGACAUCCUUCUUUUGCUCCAGGGACUAAACAUGAAAUGUGUAUAUACUGUUGUGAAGAGAGGAGAAGUGCUAUUGCAGAAAACUUGGUUGAUGCCUUUAUUCCUGCAGUUUUCAUAGGGACUGAGCACAUUUCUCCCAUCUGUGGACUGGCAUAAUUAUUUCAGACAGUCGAUUCAUUUGGAGUGAGAUUAGCUCAGAACUAUGAGAAAACUACAUUAUGGCUGCAUUUUGAAACAUGGAGUGCAACUAUUGUAGGGCCACCCUCUGUGUGUGUGUGUGUGUGUGUGUGUGUGUGUGUGUGUGAGAGAGAGAAAGAGAGUGAGUGUUUGCAUGGUCAAAGCCAUAACUAAAGUACUAGGCCACAGUGUGGUUGGAAGCAGCCACUUCACUUGAACACACACAGAAAACGUUUGCCAAAAGGAGCCUGGCCGACAGGCUUCACUGUAACAAGCCGAGAGAGCGGCUUGGCUCUUCUUUUAUAAAAUGUCCGCAGUGCUUAUGAAGUCACUGAGAAACAUGUUUUUGCACUGCUUAGGUUUAGAGUAUCUUUGAGGCUAGCACUUUCUCAAAAGGAGCUCAUCUUUUUCUGUUUGUGUGUCCUGGACUCAUUAUCAUCCUGAAUCCCGAUCCCAGGGCACUAAUAUGUGACGUAGUUGUAUCUUAGGAUCUACUAAAUGGAAAAUCAUUGUUGAUACUGUUUUGGAGGAUGCAUUAAAAGUGGGACUUUAAGACUGGGUCAUGGAAACAAACAUAAUUGGGUCAUAAAGUGGUCACGGUCCUCAUGUAGCCUUUGAAUACUGAGUAUUAAUAGUAUCAAUCCCCUGCAGUGUGUCGGUAUGUGAAUGGAUGUGUCAUAAACAGCUGUGCUGUCUGUAAAUAUAACUAUUAAUAAAAAUGGCUCUAAAAACUUCAAA